GUACCUUACGCAAGCCCGCUGAGUUGCCACAGUGUCCCGCAGAGUCGAGGCGUCAACAUGUUUCUCUGCUGUUCCCUCGCCGCCAUUGCGAUUGGCAUCGCUUUGCUGUACGCGCUCUUCGACGUGAACUACUUCAUCAGAGUCGCCUUCACCAUCGCGAUUGGCAGACUCUUCCAGAAGAAGAUCAAAGUUCUCGAGUCGAGCAGGAUAUAUGGAAUCUGCACAACGCAAGAUGUGGACCUGCUUUUCCGACACAUGAAUAACGCCCGGUACAUACGAGAAUUGGACUUUGCCCGUUUCCAUUUCUAUGACCUGUCUGGUUUGUACCAUCAGGUUCUCAAGAUGAAGGGGAAUGCCCUUCAGGGAGCCUCAGCCAUUCGCUACCGUAGGACCAUUCCUAUUUUCAGCAUAUACAAGAUUGAUACUAAGUUGGUUUACUGGGAUGACAAGUCCAUCUACCUGGAGCAACAGUUUGUGACUCUACGUGACGGAUUUGUACGGGCUGUGGUGCUCAGCAGACAGAAUAUUGUCGGGGUCAACGUCAACGAUGUAAUGGCCGAACUCGUGGGAAGUGACGUCAAGAAACCGGAAAUCCCUGAAGAACUUGAGCACUGGCUGAAGGGGAUUGAGGUAUCGAGUGCCAAGCUCAGGAAGUCAGACUGACUGCUCUCCAUCAUGUUUCAGUGCAAGGUGUUGCAGCUGAACCUCACCCACAACUUCUAUGAAUUGCAGAAUUUUAUAUGACAAAAAAAAAGUUUUAGCCUAUGUUCCUUAAUUGUUUUUAUUUCGUAUUUCCUCCCUUCUUUUCUUUUAUUUUCCCUAUAGUGACUAUGCUGCUGACUGGACAACAGAAGAAUCAGAGUUCGAUUCUAGAUAGGGACAAGAGAUUUUCUAUUUUUCAUAGCUUCCAGACUGGCUCUGGAGCCCAACCAGUCUCUGAUCCAAUGGGUAACUUGGGCUUUUUCCCAGGGUUUAAAAUGGUUGGGGCAUCUAUUUGACAACCGAGCUCCAUCCAGUGAUGAUGCUGAAAAUGCAUUAAGUUAUAACUCAACUCCCCAUUUCACCAACAUGCCGACCUGCUUAAUUGUUCACAGGGACAACUUUAGCUUAAUAUGGGUGGAUUAUUGGUGUUCAGUCCCUGGCAGGAUAUGUCUCUAACAUCAGAUCAUCAUACCUGGGGCCCACCCAUCCUACUAUCAAAUGAGGACUACGGGAUCUUUCCCAGUAGUCACCUACUCUAGGUAUUCGCAAUCUUUUUUGGAUCUUAAAUAUUGAUUACAAUUGACUUGAAAUGAUUCUGACGAUGGUGUAUACUGUACUUCUCUUGGCUUGUUUUGGACUUCAUCCAUCGUCUGGUAUGUAAAAGACAAAAGACCACAACGUUUCAGAGACUGAAUCUGUCUCCGUGUUUAUCCUUCCGUACCCACCUGAACACGGAGACAGAUCCAGUCUCCGAAACGUCGUGGUCUCUUGUCUUUUACAUAUCAGACGAUGGAUGAAGUCCAAAAGAAGUAUUGAUUACAGUGUUCGCAAGAACCUGCUAUUGGACAAUAUCCUGAUGCAACUUCACUUCUUAUUUCUUUAAGAUCAAUUUUAACAUUGGCUUACCACAAAAGCCUAAAACUCUGAAGGCGUCUCUUCCUUUCAGGUUCUCUUCUUCAGACUCCUCUGUCUCCUGUUCAGGAGGUACUAAUUUCCAGUCUCUGCAGGGACGCAAGCUGUUUUGACUGAGAAUCGUUGUGACUUUAUUAAGUUCCUCCAGAAAUGCAGGGAUGGUACUUUGUUUAGGUCAUGACUACUUCCUUCUAAGUCCUGCACAUUUGCUCUCUCCUACCAUUCGACAUUUUACAGAGUAUCAUUGAAAGUCCAGGUGAUCUUCAGGCACGAGUUUCACGUACAAGAACAAGAAAAAAAGUCCUUAUCAACAUGUGUUUGGAGAAAUUUAAUUUGUGAGUUAUGGCUGAAAGAGUACAUUUAUAAUAUAGGCUCAAAAUACCCUCCAUGAAGUUCAAUGCAUGCAUUAACAUGUCUCAUCAUGGACCACUGCAUCCAUUAAAAAAUGCUGGGGUAGUUGCAGAUUGUCUGACAGGCAUCCAAAAUGUGAUGGUGAAGUGCCCAUUUUUUGUCAACAGAGUUGCAUGCACAAGAGAGUUUAUGUAUCCCACAGAGGUAAAAAUGAACAGGAUUAAUAUCUAGCGAGAGUGGAAGCCAUGCAGUCGGUCAUCCUCUACCUACACACUGGUCAUGAUAAGACAUCUUGGACAACAUGGCUGAAAUGAAGGAUAAUGGAAUAGGACAUGGUAGUAUUCUUUCAGCUAUAACUCACAAAUUAUGUGUUUCCCAGCACAUGUUGAUAUGGACAUUUUUUCUUUUUCUGGUAUGUGAAACUCUUGCCCAAAUUUUGUCUCUACCUUUCAGUUACACUCUAUAUAGUCUAGUUUCUUUGCUUUCUGAAAUAACCCACCAAACAUGUCUUGUCCAUUUAGUUUUCCUUGAUUUUUUAUUGUAAUAGUAUUUGGCAAAGAGUUUAAAUACUGACACUUCUGAUUAUUGUAAUUUUCACGAGUUGGAUUUGAUUUUGUGUCUCUUGGGCCCAAAUACAUUCUUCAUCCAUUUGUUCUGUAAUACUUCUUCCUUCAGAUUGAGAAAACAAAUAUCACACCCAUAUAUUUAUUCGUUUAUACAAAUACUGAACAUAUAUAACAUUCUUUUUUUGGCAAACUGUGGUGAAGAAUGUUAAUAUUUACAGUUUUUAUUCAUUCAUAAUUUUCUACUAUUAAUUUUAAUGAAUGAAAACAUGAAUAUUUUGUCACUUAUAUACAUUCACUUCUUUACAACUUUAUUAACAAUCACUCGUUUAUAUAAGAAUAAAAAUUAAAAAUUAAGAAUUAAAAACUAAACAAUAGAAAUUACUACAUGUUUCAGCCAUACUCUAUCAUCUUCAGGCCACUGUCCAAAUUAUCUAAAUUGCUACAUUGCAUUUUAAAUGUAAUUAAGAUGAAUUAUUUCCUAAGUUAAAAUAUUUCAAUAUUAUCCAUUUUUGUAAUCCACUCAUUAAAAACCUUUGUUGGAAAACAUUGCUUGUUACAUUUUCAUGCACUGCUUAGUUGAGUGUCUGUCACUCAUUAUUAUUUUAACUUACGAAAUAAUUCAUUUUAUUUACAGGAAAAUUAGAGUGUAGCAAUUUUGAUAAAUUUUACAGUUGCCUGAAAAUGUCUGAGAAUGGCCAAAACAUGCAGAAAUUCCUGAUCGUUAAAUUUAUUUUUAUGUGAAAGAGUAACUGCAAAUAAAGUUGCAUUUAAGAUGGAAGUGAAUGUGUAUAAGUGACAUAUUAAUGCAAAAGAAUGUUGAAAUAAUAUAUUAUGAAGCUAAUGUGUGGUGUGGAAUGUGUUAGUGCAUCAAACAUUGAUGUGAUUUUAAUUUCCAUCAAGCGCCAAUAUAAAUAUGGAUAAUUGUAAAUCAUUAUCAUCAUUAUCAUUAUGAAUACCAAGGUAAUUUCUAAGGUGGAGGAGCCAGAAGUUAGUUACAGACCUACUCAUAAAUUAUUUAAGAAUACUGCUUACUGAUUAUCCUUUGUAUUCACAACAGAAGAGUAGAUUUUUCAAAAUGAUUUUUAUAUUUUUCAUACUAAUAUUUAGUGUACUUCUUUCUUUGUUUUUAACCUUGAUUCUUUUUAAAAAAAAUCGAGGGGGAGGACAGAUGCUUUGUAUUCACAAUAGAAUAGUAGAUUUUUCAAAAUGAUUUUUAUAUUUUUCAUUCUAAUAUUUAGUAUUUAAGGUUUCCCCACAUUUAACUUACAAUUUAUAUGAUCCUCAGUGAAUAAUCUCAAUGCCAGAUUAUUUGCAUUUAAUGUUUCCCCAGUUUAAUGCUCAGAAAUACUGCCCUCAAAAUACAUUUCAAAUAGAGUUUUCACUCUGCCUGUAUUGCUGUAAUAGAUACAUAGAAUAUUCUUUUGACUGUAGAAAAACAAGUAAAACCUUGAUAAACUGGUAUGGCCACAUAUUAUGAAGGCGUUCUGGUAGUACUUUUUCAGGGUGUCAGGAACAAAUAUGGCAAAUGAGUGAAUAUUGAUACAUAGAGGACAAUCCAGAGAGAGCAAGUGAUGGAAAAUAUACGAAACAGAACAUGGAAAUUGUGGGUGCAGGUAGAAGAAAAGAGUUUAUCAUAGGCUGAAAACUAAUGAAGUUCCACCUCAGUGGAAAACACAUUGGAUGUUGUUGUUGUUGUUGAUGAUGAUGUUGAUUCUAAUUUAUAUGUUAUAUUUUCUGAAUGUUGUUUACAGAUUUUGGGUUCUUUGAUGUUGAUGAGCACCACUGUCUCCUGCUUAAAACUGGUGUAUGUGAUGUGACAUAUAAAAAAUAUAAAUUAUUUUUUGUUUUAAU